AUGUCUUCUAGACAUCGGUCUCCUUCCGCCCAAGAGUCUUCAACAGACUCGGUGUCUAACGUCUCUACUCCCGCGACUUCGGUGUCUGCGCCUUCCGUGAGAUCUCCAGUUCUGGAAGUUCAGCCCCUAGUCUUCCCGCAAGCCAGCCCAGAACCGCAGCCCCUGAUGUAUGAUCGGGAAGCAUAUAUCCCAGUGGGUGUUCUGAGAAAGCGCACUGGCCCAAUCACCGCGGCUUGGGCAACAGAGGACUCAACGGACAACUACCCCGAGGCCGAGGUCGCUUUAUUAGAGGAGAAUCAAUGGAUCUGGACCAGCAUCUUUGCCUACCACCGAUUUCCCGACUGGAGCUUUGUUCGUGUAUAUGUUCUACCCGAUGACCGAGGUCGUGGGGAGAUUCCACGUUCGAGCACGGCUUUAAGGCGCGCGCUUAAGGCUGUCAUGUCCCGAAUCGACCAGUCGCCUCACGCAUGGUCCGGGUACCUCCCUGCGGAUUGGAAUCAGAACCAGCGCGUCAACGACAACUCGCAAGACGAGUCAUUAUGGUAUAUUUUCAACACACUCGAGAACCCGGCGCCCCAAGUCGAGACGAUGAAAGACCCGUACGCAAAGAGCGCCAUGCAGGCCUUAUUGUCUGCUGCGAUUCCUGACAAUGGUGAUGGCAAAGAGGUAAUAUCACAAGCCACCCCCGCUGUGAUGGGUCUCAAAACGCCCCUGUAUCCAUACCAGUGCCGUUCAGCUGCUACGAUGGUUCAGCGAGAGGCGGAACCGGCACAGAUGCUAGAUCCACGACUGCAGAAGUUCACCACUCCAACAGGGCGCGAGUACUAUUACGACAAGGAGGAAGGCAGUAUUGUUCACGAGAAAAGGAUGUACUCAGAGGCUUGUGGAGGUAUGGUAAUCCAAUAUCUGCCAAUUGCCUUUUGGCAACUUCUGACUUUGUUUUCUCCCUCCAGGCAUUCUUGCAGAAACUAUGGGCUGCGGAAAAACUUUGAUUUGUUUGGCUGUUAUCCUGGCGACACGUGGACAUUUCCCUCAGAUCCCCUUGGAGUACCAGGAGAUGACGAAUCCUGUCCGUGA